CCCGGGGUUGCCAUGGAGACGGGACGCUAACCCUGGCGGAGCACCCGGAGCGCUGAGUGACGUUCGCCUUCUUCCCCUUCUUCACGCCUCAUCAGACCUUUUCUCACGAUUCUUUCCAUGGAAGACUCGACCUCCCUGGGUCAAGAAACAGAAAACCAACAACUGGGAGAAGCAGCGCGGCCAGGGGAGGAAGAGGCAGCAGCUCCGCCCCGGGACCCCGGUCCCCAGUCGUCCGGGCCCUGGGAGGCCGAACGAGCGCCCGACGCGGCCGAACCCCGGCCCGGGAGCAGCCGCACUCGGAGCCCCGGGUCCCGAGGCCGCGCAGCCGGACACGGGGCGGUGUCUCCCCCGCCGCCGCAGCCUCGGAAGCCCUUGCGCGCUCUGGCCAGGCAGGACCUCGGGGCCGCACAGCAGCCAGACGGGGCCGUCAGUGGGGCCCCCGAUGCUGGGACUGCUCUCCCCGACCCCCUGGGGCUGUCGACUGAUGAAAAGGCAUCGGCUUCUGGAAGCCAGUCCAGGGAGGACACCUCCCCACCGACUCAGCAAUACAGGUCAAGCAGCACGCACUCUCAGCCGAAAGAGCUGCGAACCGGCAAUGCCCAGGGGGAGGACCCCGAGCCCGGGGCCUCAGAGACCGCCCCCAGCACGCUUGAGAUCGCAGUGCAGAACGCCAAGGGUUACCUGUUUCAGGCCAGCAGCAAGACUGGCUUGAACCUAUAUGAUCAUCUUUCUAAUGUGCUGACCAAGAUAUUUGAUGAGCGUCCUGAAAAUGCUGUUGACAUCAUUGAAAAUAUCAGCCAAAAGGUGAAAAUGGCACAUUUUAGUAAAAAGUUAGAUACACUCCAAAAUGAGAAUGAGAUGCUCCCAACAUAUGAAAUAGCAGAGAGGCAAAAGGCUCUUUUUCUCCAGGGACAUUUGGAAGGAGCUGACCAAGAACUGGAAGAUGAAAUUGAUUUGUUUUCCCAGGCAGAGAACUCUCUUCCAAAUGUAAUGGAGUCCGCUUUUUAUUUUGAACAAGCUGGACUUGGUUUGGGCACGGAUGAAACUUAUCGCAUAUUUCUUGCCCUCAAACAACUUACUGACACUCACCCAGUCCAAAGAUGCCGUUUCUGGGGCAAGAUCUUGGGCCUGGAAAUGAAUUAUAUUGUAGCUGAAGUAGAAAUUCGUGAGGGGGAAGAUGAAGAGGAAGUGGAAGAAGAGGAUGUAGCUGAAGCUGAAGAGAGGUACAAUGGUGAAAGUGAGGCUGACAAAGAUGAGGAGGAUGAGUUACCGAAGUCCUUCUACAAGCCCCCACAGGCGAUUCCAAAAGAAGAAAGUAGGACGGGUGCCAACAAAUAUGUCUAUUUUGUUUGCAAUGAACCAGGAAGACCGUGGGUGAAGCUACCAUCAGUCACACCUGCACAAAUUGUUACUGCAAGAAAAAUCAAAAAAUUUUUUACUGGGCGGUUGGAUGCUCCCAUCGUAAGCUACCCACCUUUUCCAGGAAAUGAGAGCAAUUACUUACGAGCACAAAUUGCCCGAAUUUCAGCAGGAACUCAUGUCAGUCCUCUAGGAUUCUAUCAGUUCGGUGAAGAGGAAGGAGAGGAAGAGGAAGAUGUAGAAAGCGGACGAGAUAGCUUUGAAGAAAACCCUGAUUUUGAAGGCAUCCAAGUGAUUGAUCUAGUGGAAUCUCUAUCCAAUUGGGUUCAUCACGUUCAGCACAUUCUUCCUCAGGGUCGCUGUACUUGGUUCAAUCCCAUACCAAAACAUGAGGAGGAAGAAGAGGAAGAUGAAGAAAAGGAAGAAGAAAAAGGAGAAGAACCUGACUAUGUAGAACAAGAAGUGGGGCCUCCUCUUUUGACCCCAAUCUCUGAAGAUUUAGAAAUUCAGAAUAUACCCGCUUGGACAACACGACUAUCCUCAAGUCUCAUUCCACAGUAUGCUACUGCAGUCCUUCGAUCCAACCUUUGGCCUGGAGCAUAUGCCUUUUCCACUGGCAAAAAAUUUGAAAAUUUCUACGUAGGCUGGGGAUGUAAGUAUAGUGUGGAUAAUUACACACCCCCAGUUCCACCACCAGUUUAUCAAGAAUACUCCAGUGGACCAGAAAUUACAGAAAUGGAUGACCCUAGUGUGGAAGAGGAGCAGGCUUUCAGAGCUGCACAGGAAGCAACAGAACUUGCCAGUCAGGACAAUGAAGAAUCUGGGGAAGAUGAUGAUGAUGAUAACUAAAAUUAAAAUUAGCCUGGUCUCAUAUGGCUGUGGCACCAAUAUAUACAAAGCCCUUAUGUGAAACUAACUUUAUAUUGAAUGAAGAAUUACUCAUACUGUAUAAUUCCUUGAAGAUAUCAAACUUGACAUUUCAUAUGCAGAACUAUUAUGUUUAAAGAAUGAUUCUCAAUAGAUUACAUUGUUUGAUGGUCAUGGCUAAUGGAAAACAUACCUGUGUGUUGUUUCAAAAAAUGUCUCAUUUAUUGCAAACACUGAAAGCUAUAGCCCACAAAACUUCGUGGAAACUUCUGUACUUUGGAAAUGUCAAGGGGUAUUGAGAUAAAUCCUGGUAACCAGUGAACUAGAAUGUCUACUUUCAUCCUUUGUGGGAAGUGACCAAGAGCAGGACUCAACCUUUGGGACUGGCUGUGGUUGAGGCUGAUACUCUAUGCAAAUACUGCAGAUGUGUACAUAUUCAUUCUCUUUCUGAGGAGAGUGUUCCUAACUCCAUGAUCUACUCAAAGACUGCAGAACACUCAAAUGUUUAACCCUGUUACUUCUCACUUCCCUAAUCAGACUUCUUGUCAUCUUACAGAUAAUGAUUUGAAUUCACUGGGCGUGAGGGAUGAUUUGAAGAGAUAAAAAGAUGGAGUAUCCAGACACUUCAGACAUAUUCUCCACUUUCAGGCAUAUUCUCCAUUCUCAUUCAAUAAAAAGUAUUUUGGAGUGUAAA